AUGUCUUCAAAUUCUACAUCAAACGGGCCUGGCAGGUGGCGAGGAGGGGCUAGGGGAACUCGCCGUGGCGGCCGCAGCGUUCGAGGACGCAGCGGCGGCGGUCGGGGUGGUGGCAGGCAGCUGGUGGCUGAUCGUGACCUCUCGCCAAAGGCAGGCGCUGUUGUCCAGCGGUUUCGGCAGCGCCAAAAGGACCUCGGCCAGAUAUUCCGCAAAGUCGCGGCCGUGCAGAAAUCAGCCGUUUUAGCAUUGGCUACUCGCUCGGAGGCUUUAUUGAUCAAAGAUCCAAAGGCACAUAUGGCCUCCAACCUCUAUAGCGAGGUGCUUCAGGGACUUGAAAAGAAACUCCGCAAGGCUGAAGACUUGAUUGAAAAAGAAUACAACUACCGCGAGCGGAAUCUAGAUGUCUGGCGGGAAACUGAAGAGUUUCGGAUCAAAACCCAUUUCGAAAACAAGAUCGACAAUGUGAUGAAUGAACAUAUCAUCGCCGCUCAAGGCUCAUUCAUGGAAACCUCAGAAAAGUCGCGCAUUGCCGCAGAUGAAGACCACACAGAAACAGAAGAAUCAGCUUCUGAGCCGCGGACACCAGUCAGUCCCCGGUUUGCUCGUGGAUUUGACAGCUCCUUUGUCCGAGACCCAGAAGGCGCUGCGCUGUAUGAGCGUGAAGCCGAGUUACCAGCACUGCAGGACGGCGAUGGCAUAAACGGCCGUUUCACCAACCCACGUUUCUCACGGCUGAUGGGUGCAUUGGUCGAAGCAUGUGAUAUCGCAGAAGGAAAGAAACCCAAGAUUGAAGAAGUCGAAGAACCAAAUCCACUAGAUGCCCUAGCCAACGCUGCACUAGAUCGAGGCGAGGUGAAAAAGCAGCCGCCUGAACCAUCGCCUAAGUUACAGCAGCUUCCACCAACUUCUGCUCUGCUUCAGCCUCCGCCAAACUUACCGGCGCCAUCGCAGCCUGAGCAACAGUUCCAACAGCCACAGCCACAAUACGGCCCAAUGCGCCAUGAGCCUCAUAGACCACUCCUCCCUCAACCUCUCGCACCUCCAUUGUACCCUCCCUCUACGGACAUGCGUAGAUACUCUGCACCACAGUUCGCUGGCCCACCACCUCCUCACCUUCAUCCCCCAUUCCAGAGCCACCCUCACGUUCAUCCUGAUGCUCCCCCACAGCAACAGUUACCCCCAGUAGCAACGAGGUCACAAUCCCAAGUGCUUCCUCACCUCAGUGAACAUCUACGCCUACCUAACAUAUUCCCUCCGAGGAACCAACAUCUGCCUCCCUUGCAAGAAAUGGGCUACCAUCGCCCCAGCCUUCCUCCACCUCCAUACCAGGCACCUCAUCCUCCUCAUCAACCACCACCUCCGCCACCAAGCAUGCAAGCUCCCCCUCAUGGAAUACCCAUGGGGUAUCCUCAUCACCCACAGGGCGUUUACUCUCAUCCACAAUAUUUGCCUCCCCCACCAAACAUGCAUUAUCAUCCACACCCACCACCUCCUCCACCUCCACCUCCCCAUCAGCCCCAUCAGCCGUUGCAUCUACCCCCAGGUGCCCAUGGGUCUCAGGCGUAUCAUCACCACCAUCACCAGGCCUAUCAACAACCACCUCCACACCAACCUCCACAUCAACCUCGGUAUUAA